UUAAUAUUAUUUAAUAUUAGUUAUUACCUAUACAAGAUAAAAUAAAUAAUUUUUAAAAAGUUAACAUUUAUAAAAUUCAUUUAUAAAAUAUGGCUUCUGUUUGGAAUUGGAAUACCGAAAUCGAUGAUGAAGACCAGAUGGAUAACUACAUACAAGUAUUGGAAAAUGAUGGUGAAUUUGGUAUAAAUGCUGAUGAUGAGCAACAUAAUGAAACCACAGAUUCAAUAUUGGAAAACGAUGUUGAAUUUUAUAUAGAUGCUACUGAUGAACAACAUAAUGAAACCACAGAUUCAAUAUUGGAAAACGAUGGUGAAUUUUGUAUAGAUGCUGCUGGUAAACAACAUAAUGAAACUAAAGAUUCAAGUUCAUGGUCAUCAAUUGCUACCAAGUUAUUAAUAUCUCUAAGAGGAGCUUGCAAUGAAAAAUUCGAUAAGAUAAAAAAAAAGGGAAAGAAAUUUGAGCUGUGGGAUGUGAUUUCAAAAGAAAUGAAAGCUAAAAAUAUUAAUGUUAGCCCUAAGCAAUGCGACGAAAAAUGGCGAAGAUUAUUAACUCGUUUUCGACAAGUGAGGGAUGCGUCUAAAAAGUCUGGGAGUGGUGGAAUAAAAUGGCAGUAUUAUACAUCAAUAGAAAAUGCCAUAUCACCAAUGGCCAGACAAACAAUUUCUCCACCAAAAAAUUUGUUACAUGAAUCGUCAAAAGACAUCAAUAGUUCCAUAGAAACACCAGAGUUAGAAAAUACAAUAUCACCUAUAACUUACCCUUCUUAUACAGCAACACCAAAAUCUUUAUUAAAGCAAAAUCAUCAUGAAAAAAUACCUACUUGGUUUAGCAAAUUUGAAAAAUUGAGAAAUGAUCAACUAGAAGCAACCAACAAUAACGCAAAUCAACUAAACAUCCGUCUUGACAAGUUAGAAAAAAGAGAUGAAAUGAUGUUGAAGACUCAGGCUGAACUUCUAAAAAAAUUGGAUGAUGCAAAUAAAAUUGAACUUCAAAAGAUAGAUCUUUUCAAUAAGAUGUAUGACACCAAUACAUAAUGAUUUUUUUUAAUUUGCUUCAA